ACUAUUGUGGUGUUUUAGAACACUGCGUCAUGCUGAACGCCAGUAUAAAACCGCAUUUUCUUUGCCUCGUUCAGCUUUGAACACGGUGAACUCGUUAAACCGUGGUAUGAAUUGUGGCAACGCGUUUACCAAGAUGCGAGAUUUGUGUAAUUUGUGUAAAUGUACUACGCGUGUAAUGCUUUUCCCCUCGUUUUGUCAACUUUUCGCUCGGGUGACGGUUUUCCCGGAAAUACGACAUCGUAACGCAUACGCAUGCGCGGUUAUUCCAUCUUGCUACACGAUUUUUUUUUCAGGCGAAAAUGGCUUCCUGUCUUAUCUCGCCUACCGUCUGAAGGAUUAUAAAAGAUGAAGCCAUUGCUCGCUUUUACUUGCGGACACCUGGGCGUACAUCGCAGACAUGACCGUUAAAAAUACGAUAUUAACAUUUCACCGUGUGUUAUCCCAAGACUGAGCCCCCUCAACAGAAAAUGAUGCAUCACGUGACCUGUAGCAGCAGCAGCAAUGACUUCUGUAUGGCACCUGCAGAAGAUUGCCACCCGGCAAGCAGAUUUGAUCUAUGCAGCCUCCAAUCUAACAAGUUCUACCCCUGCUCUCCCUCAAACUCUGGCUUGCACCUGUCCUUUGCAGGGCUGGCUCCAUUGCCACCGAACAUGCACAAAGUGAUGGCGGGUCCGGCGCAAGAGACCCAGAAUUCAUUUCAGCUUCAGCCGAUGACAGUCAAUAGCGGGGAGGUUGCAGGGCCUGUCGGCACUAAAAAAACAGGCAAAGUGAAGUCCGGGAGGAGAGGCAGACCAUUGGGGACCACCAAGUUAGCUGGUUACCGCACAAGUACUGGACGUCCACCUGGGACCACAAGAGCUGCUGGUUUUAAAACCAGCCCCGGGCGGCCCCUCGGUACCACCAAAGCAGCUGGCUAUAAGGUGAGCCCCGGGAGGCCUCCCGGUAGUGUCAAGAGUCCAGCGAAGCUUAAGGAGCAGGAAAGUGGUGGUGAUGCUCCCAAGAAAGUCGACUUUAGUCCGACGAAGCUGGACUUCACUGGCUGUGAUCUUCCGCUGCUUGCCUAUGCCAUGAUGGAGAAGAGAAACUUGUGUGAGCCUCUCGUUAAACCAAAUGAAAACAGUUCAUAACAUCGGAGCGCAGAGAAAAAAAAUGAUGACACUUAGCCAAGCAUUUGUCCUCAACUUCCUAACUCAAUUUCAAUGUACAGUCUUAUCUUUGUCAAAAAAAAAAUCCCUUUUGCCAAGAAUUGUCUUGGCGGGGAAGCAUGCAUGUUAUGUUGGUGAUAAAAAAGUGACUCUUUUGUCAUCUUAUGAUGCCUCCUUUAACACGUCGGACCAGUAUCUUGUACAGUUUUCUAUAUAUAUACAGUAUAUAAAUAAGUAUUUUGUGGUAAACAGCCAGUCAUAUCACCACUAUUUGAACGUAUGUAAAAUAUGUUAUCCACUUAAAACAUUCAUGCUUGUUUUCUUGUAAAUACCGGAUUUUUGAUACAACUUCAAGUUUUAACAGUGUUGUUUAUGAUGCAUAUACAGUAUCAUAAGCCAGUGUUCCCAACCUUUAUUGAGCCAAGGCUCAAAACCACCAAACAAAAAUGGCACUUAAGGGUAUUCAUAGGUAAUUAUGUGCCUUCUGCCAUCUAGUCAAAGAGGAUUUAAUUGUUCUGCUUGUCACUAUGUUGCUGCCGUAGAUAGUUGAACAAAGAGACAUUAUUUCUAGUAAAUAAAUCAUUUUUGGACCAAUCAAGUCAAUUUCAAUGCUUUCCCGUGGCACGCCUGAUUCUCUCUCACGACACACAGGUUGGGAAUUACUGUAUAAGCUCAUGGAGGCUGCUUGGUUUUAAUACAUUGUAGUUGCUGGGCGCGCCAUUGUUACCAUGUGUGUCUGAGUGAGGGUGUUAAACACACCCUCACAUACUUUUCACUAUGUUUUCUAACCAUAUCACUUACAAAUCCAUGGCAUGUUGUUGCACUUUGUUGACAAACAAGAAUCCAAAUAAAAUUGCUUUGUCUAUG